CACUUCUCUUUCCUCUCGCUAGGCAAACAGCUGCUCACUCUUAGGGAGUGGAAAUGUUUAGCGAGGGAGGGAACCAGCUGCUGGAAGUAAGAGUUUAUGUUCUUCUGUACACUUCUCAACAACCCCCAAAUAUGCUUUCACUUGGAUCACUGUCUCGAAAUCGUCGAUUUUAGUCUCAAAUUACCUGAUUCUCGACCUUGUUUGUGUUGUAACGGUAAUACAGCUUUUGAUUCACCGAAAACCAUUGAAAUUCGCAGUUAUUGUUUUUGCAUUGUUGGGGAAAUUUGAAGUUGUUUCAUGCAGUAGUGUUUUUAGGGUUUGAGUCCGUGUUUUUUUUUUUUUUUUUCCCUCUGAGUUGUUGAUUUAGGCUUUAGAGUUCGUUUACAAUCUGUAAUUUCAGUUCUAUAUGUUUACUAGGAUUGUGUUGUUAUUAGGGUUUAAGUAUGUGCUUAUGUUGUACUUUGGUUUCGUUAAAUAUUCCUUCUUCCUUUAUGAUUUCCCUCCCUGAAGUACAUAGGUUAACUGAUGGUCACUGAAUGUCAAGCGCUCACAUCUGCAUACGAAAACUACAAAAGCGUACUCGCGUCAUCCGCUAUAAAAGAAGAUCAUUUAGUGAAAUCCCCAUUUUACCCUCCUCUUCAAGACCCUUCUCAGCUUCAUAAAAAUAGUUCAUUUGUCCAGAUGAAUUUAGCAAACACAAGUCAAUAUGGAACCAAUUCAGUUGGUGUUAAUCAAGAUUCAAUUAUUUCUAAAUCAAAAAAACGUAAAUUUCCUACUUAUGAGCUUCUCCCUUGGCAUAAAGAAGCAACACAAGGUUCUAGAAGAAUCCAUGAUACAAGCAUUACGGAAGUGGAAUGGGGAGAGGCUGGAAAUCGGGUACCUGAACAGAUGAAAGAAGGUCAAGGGGGUGAAAGUGAAACAUUAAAGAGAAGAAUUAUUUUAACAACACAACUUAUGCAAGUUUUAUUUAGGCCUACACCUUUUAAACUUCUUUUGGAUGAUGCUUUGGAAUGUUAUGAAAUGGUGACAUACUUUGCUGCUAGAUUAGCACUCGGCGAUGCAUGUACUUUGGCAAAUCAUCCUCAUCAUAUUUCUGACACGUCAGCAGGGAAAAAGGUUGUAUCCAAGGGUAGUGGUGAUCAGAAUCUUUCAAAGGUUGUGGAAGAUUUCAUUGAUCGAUCAAAAAAGAUAGAAGAUGUGCUUUUGAGGUUGGAGAAUGGAGGAUCAGUUCUUGAAAUAAGAAUGGAAUCCCAAGAUUUAGAGAGGUUUUCAGUCAUCAACCGAUUUGCCAAGUUUCAUAGCCGGGCACAUAUGGCGGCGGCACCAGCUGACACAACCACCAGCACCGGGGUCUCUAAGCUAUAUCCUCAAAGAUAUGUGGCAGCUAGUCCUAUGCCUAGGAUAGUACCCAAAGGGCAUAAUUGUCUUUCACUAUGAUUGUUAAAUUUACAAGUGUUUUUUUUUUUUUUAAAGGGUUAUUUUGCUCAUUUGGUUGUCUAACUUCACUUUUGGUUCAUGUUUUUGAACGGAAAGCCAACUGAUGUCAAUUUUGACUAAGU